CUCAAAAUUUGGAAGUUUGUUCAUAGAUAUUUGUUCUAAAAAAAUAAAAUGUAGGGUUCUAAUUCAUUCCCCCUCGUCUUAUCUUCCUCAUCUCUUAAUUCAAUUCAUUCCAAACAAAACCAAAGCAAUUUCUUUCUUCUUUCUUUCAAUUUCUCAACUCUCAAACAAUGGCAUCCACCACACUGAGCACUUCAAUAACAACAAGAGGAGAUUCGUUUCCAAACUUCAUUUCAAUUCCAAACAAACCCUUAAAUCCCAAAGUCAUUAGUUUUUCCUUUCUAAAACGAGCCGCCCCUCGAGGGGUAGCGGCAACGUGGAGCACGGCGGAGCACGGUGGAGCAUUGGCGGCGGAGGAGGUGGAUGAGGAGAUGGGGAGGAUUCGGCGGCUGCAGAAUGGGUCGGACGUGAGAGGGGUGGCGAUCGCGGGGGAAAAGGGAAGGGUGGUGGAUUUGACGGCGGCAACCGUGGAGGCGAUAGCGGAGAGUUUCGCGGAGUGGGUAAUCGAGGGUAUGGAAACGGGGCAAAGCGUAAGUGUUUCGGUUGGGAGAGACCCGAGAAUUUCCGGCGGUGCUUUGAGUGUUGCGGUGUUCGCCGGAGUUAGUAGGGCAGGAUGUUUGGUGUUUGAUAUGGGACUUGCCACCACGCCGGCGUGUUUCAUGAGCACCGUUUUGUCUCCUUUUUCUUAUGAUGCUUCUAUUAUGUUAACAGCAUCUCACUUACCAUAUACGCGAAAUGGGAUGAAGUUUUUCACGAAGAGAGGAGGGUUAAGCUCGCCGGAGGUGGAAGAGAUAUGCAACAGAGCCGCCAUGAAGUACGCAAACAGAGUGGUGAAAGUCUCUACUCUUCUCCGAACGCCGCCGUCAAAGGUGGAUUUCAUGGCGGCUUAUUCACAGCAUCUCAGAGAUAUCAUUAAGCAGAGAAUCAAUCAUCCUUUGCAUUAUGACACUCCUCUCAAAGGAUUUCAGAUAAUAGUAAAUGCUGGCAACGGAUCAGGGGGCUUCUUCACAUGGGAUGUGUUAGAUAAGCUGGGCGCAGACACCUUUGGCUCUCUCCAUCUCAACCCAGACGGUAUGUUCCCCAACCACAUCCCUAACCCAGAAGACAAAACCGCCAUGUCUCUCACUCGAGCCAAAGUCCUCGAAAACAAAGCCGACCUCGGUGUCGUCUUCGACACUGACGUUGACCGUAGUGGUGUGGUGGAUCACCAGGGCAACCCAAUCAAUGGUGACAAACUCAUCGCCCUAAUGUCCUCCAUCGUCCUUCGAGACCACCCUGCCACCACCAUCGUCACCGACGCCCGUACCAGUGUUGCUCUCACGAAGUUCAUUACCAGCCGAGGUGGACGACAUUGUCUGUACCGCGUCGGGUAUCGCAAUGUCAUUGACAAAGGAAUCCAACUCAACAUGGAUGGAAUCGAGACGCAUCUCAUGAUGGAGACGUCGGGGCAUGGGGCACUUAAAGAGAAUUAUUUUUUGGAUGAUGGGGCUUAUAUGGUAGUGAAGAUUAUUAUUGAAAUGGUGAGAAUGAAACUGGAGGGAUCAGAUGAAGGGAUUGGAAGUCUUAUAAAGGAUCUUGAAGAACCUUUGGAGUCUGCGGAACUGAGAUUGAAUGUGAUUUCUGACCCAAGUUUUGCUAAAGAGAAGGCUGUGGAGGUUAUUGAGACAUUUAGGGACUUCGUCCAGGAAGGGAAGCUUGAGGGAUGGGAACUGGACUCAUGUGGAGAUUGUUGGGUGCAUGAAGGGUGCUUAGUGGACUUAAAUGACCAUCCCAAGCCAAUUGAUGCACAAAUGUACAGGGUUAAAGUAUUUGAUAAGGAAAAUGGAGAAGUUGGUUGGGUACACUUAAGGCAAAGCAUUCACAAUCCAAAUCUUGCUUUGAAUAUGCAAUCAUCUUUGCAAGGAGGUUGUCUCCAAAUCACUAAAGACUUCAGAGAUAAAUUUUUGAUGGCAAGUGGAUGCGACCGUUUUCUCGAUGUGGAUCAGGUGGAGAAGUUUGUAAACACUGGACUGUUACUGUGAGAUAAUGACUUUGAAAAAAUAGUUGAUUUUUGUGUUAAAAUACUUUUGAAACAAAAUGUAAGAUGGUAAGAAUGUACAGUAAGCAAAUAUAUAUAUGUGUUGUAUAUACACAUUUAUUUUGCUUCUCAUAUAAUUUAUUUAAUUGGAUGUUUAAUGUACCUACUACUAUUAAACUCAGAAGUUGAAUAGUAGUUUCAACAAUCACAUUGAUUAGAAGUCUUGUUUUAUAUCUUGUUGAGAGGUUCA